AUGGGUUGUAUUGCUCUGUGUGGUGACUGGACAUUGCCAGAAUUACAGUCGGGAAUGCCUCGAACAGAAGCUGUGUUACCAAUGGCUGAGUUGGUGCAUGGUGGUGUAAUUAAGUUGGCUGGUCUUGGAAGCAUAUUUAAUUCAAAUUCUUUACUUGAUCAAUCAUGGUUGAACAACCGAAUGACCAUUGAUGAAUAUCGUUAUGCAAUUAACUAUGUUAAUCAAACUGUGCUACAAUCGAUGGUUGGUCAACCAAAAGCUAUUUCACGUUCGACUCUGUCUGCACAUGAAUGGGGAAAAGCUCAAGCUGCCAGUUUUGCUAUUCAACAAUUAAAUCAACAGUAUUCUCUACGUAGUAUUCAAUUUACAUUCGAACAAAGUCAAGGAGAAACUGACGCUAUUGCUAAGAAGAUAAAAUUUGGACCUGGUAUCGAAUUAGAAGCAAAUAGCUUUAUUUAUAUUAAAUUUCAGUAA